GCUUCUACAAACUUCUUCAUGUAAUCGCCAGCUAUAAAAAUCAUACAGAAUAUGACCAAUAAAUUAUCAAUGAAUUGAAAUCAGAAACCCUCGGAUCUCGAAUGAUUACGAACUUUCUUCUGUGAACAGUCGUGUAUAAAUAACCCCACGUUUCUCCUCCCAUGAAGCUCUUCCUCUCAAUUUUGAUUUGCAUCACAGCAAUUAACCAAGUCACUGAACUUCUUUCUCGAGUCAACGAUAACACAAUCACCACUCCCGUAACAGCGCAAGACACACCACACCAAGAACAGAUCGCUCUCCCCGACAAAAUGACAACCGCCCGCGCAGUCCGCAUGGCCUUCCAAGCCCUCGAACAAGCCGAGGGCGCCGGCGCACGCGUCCGCCGCUCCAUCGGUACCCCGAAACUCCGCAACUUCAGCCCCUUUCUGAUGCUAGAUCACUUCACAAUCGGCAAGGGCGCCGGAUUCCCCGACCACCCUCACCGCGGCCAAGAAACCAUCACCUAUUUACUAUCGGGCGGCGUAGACCACGAAGAUUUCGCCGGCAACCGUGGCACAAUCGGACCUGGCGAUUUACAAUUCAUGACAGCCGGAAAGGGCAUAAUGCACGCCGAAAUGCCCCACGAGAAUGAAGACGGUAGUCCCAACGUCGGAAUGCAAUUAUGGGUCGAUCUCCCCAAAGAACUAAAAUACGUCGAACCACGAUAUAGAGAUCUACGUGCUACCGAGAUCCCCGUUGCGGAAGUCGAUGAUGGUCGUGCUAUCAUCAAAGUGAUUAGUGGACAAUCGCAUGGGGUUGAUUCUGUGCGGGACCUGGCUUAUACACCUCUGUGGUAUUUUGAUAUCACUAUCAAACCGGGUGGUCGUGUUAAGCAGAUUUUACCUCUUGGCUGGAAUGCGUUUGCAUACACAUUGGAAGGAGCGACGCAUUUUGUCAUGGAUAACACAGACACAAAACCUAUAAAACAAUACCACAACGUCGUUUUCCAGCAAUCAGGUGAUUAUAUUGAGGCUUAUGUCCCGGAUAACGCAGAGGAGACGUCGCGUUUUAUUCUUGUAGCGGGACAGCCGCUUGACCAGGAGGUGGUUCAAUAUGGUCCGUUUGUGUGCACGUCAAAGGAGGAAGUGUAUCAGGCCAUGCUUGAUUUCCAGAGUGCGAAGAAUGGGUUUGAGAGGAGUUUUGGGUGGCAGAGUGAGAUUGGGAAGAGGAUGAAUCGGUUUUAG